CCAGUCAGAGGACAUGUCCUCAGAGCUGCUGCUGUCUGUCCAACUCAUCUUGUCUUCUGUUGUCUCUCAGUCCAACAGGUGGAGGUAAAACCAGGGGACGAGUCUGUCCUGCUGCCCUGCAGAACCACAGAGGAUCUGGAUGGAGACGUUAGAGUGGAGUGGAUGGACGGAGACAACAGGAAGGUCCAUGUGUAUCAGAACGGUUCUGAUCAUCCUGGAAAACGGGACCAGUUCUGCAAAACCAGAACCAAGAUGGAUGAAAACCUGCUGAAGACUAAAGACCUCAGUCUGACUCUGCAAUGGCCCACAUAUGAAGACAGAGGGAUCUUCACCUGCAGAGUCUUCAACAGAGACAGAGACGUCCUGAUGGAGAAACAAGUUGAUCUCCAGGUCAAAGUCCCAAAGGUGGAGGUGGAAUCAGGGGUGGAGUCUGUCCUGCUGCCCUGCAGAACCACAGAGGAUCUGGAUGGAGACGUUAGAGUGGAGUGGAUGGACAGCAGAUACAGGACGGUCCAUGUGUAUCAGGACGGUUCUUAUCGUCCUGCUACACAGGACCAGUUCUACAGAACCAGAACCAAGAUGGAUGAAAACCUGCUGAAGAAUAAAGACCUCAGUCUGACUCUGUCCUGGCCGACUGAUGGAGACAGUGGGAGAUUCACCUGUAGAGUCUCCAACAGUUCAAGAAUCAUCCUGAUGGAGAAACAAGUUCAGCUCCAGGUCAAAGCCCAACAGGUGGAGGUAAAACCAGGGGUGAAGUCUGUUGAGCUGCCCUGCAGAACCACAGAGGAUCUGGAUGGAGACGUCAGAGUGGAGUGGAUGGACGGAGACAACAGGAAGGUCCAUGUGUAUCAGAACGGUUCUGACCAGCCUGGAGAACAGGACCAGUUCUACAGAACCAGAACCAAGAUGGAGGAAAACCUGCUGAAGACUAAAAACCUCAGUCUGACUCUGAGACGACCCACAUAUGAAAACGGAGGGACCUUCAUCUGCAGAGUCUCCAACAGUGACGGAGACGUCCUGAUGGAGAAACAAGUUCAGCUCUGGGUCAAAGCCUGUGGUUCUGCUGAGGUUCUGGAGGUCCAGGUUUCCAGCUGCCUGCAGGUCAUCUUCAUCGUUGGUUCUGGUGUUUCUCAUCUUCCUCCUAACAAUCCUCCACAGAUUCUCUCUGAGGUUCUGAUCAGGCCCGUUUGCWGGUCCAGUUCCACCAUGAAGCAGCUUCUGGAGCCUCUGGCAGUUUUGGGUCGGUACCGAGUUCUGCUGGGAAAUAAAACCAACGUCUCCAUCCAGCAGAGGAAGCAGGAAGAAUCUARCAUGUUCUGGUUGAGGCUGUUCUGA